CCAUAUGCAUAUGAUUUGUUUGAUUGUGCCACCAACUAGAAAAAGUAAUAACAAACUAACUAAAAGUUCUUUUGAUUGAAAGUAGUAAUGUGUAUCUAUAGCAAUUAACAAAGGAUUUUGUAUAAGAUUUUGAAGAAAACGAUAUGAAAAGUUUUGACUUUUUAAACUUUGCUUCCAAUUUUUAAUAGUGUUUAAAUGCUCCCAUGACUUACUCCUUAUAUGUAGGUAGAAUCUGAGUGCAUUAGCAAACACAGUAGGAAGAGGUGAAGCAGCAGAGCCCCUUGGAAGUUGGAAUGGAUUUGGCUGCAGAGAUAGGAAGAAGUGUGAGGACUUCUUUUCAUCAGCAUGCAUCAAGUUUCAGGAGCACUUCAGAUGUCAGGUCCAUGAAGGAGAAUGAUGACGAUGAAGUUGAGCUGCAGUGGGCUGCCAUUGAAAGAUUGCCCACAUUUGAACGUAUUCGAACUUCACUCAUGGGUUGUAACAAGGAGGACGAUGAUCAUGAAGGUAAGAGUAAGAGGGUAGUUGAUGUUACAAAGCUAGAAGCCCUGGAACGUCGUGUGUUCAUUGAUAAACUUCUCAAGGAAAUAGAAGGAGAUAAUCAACGCCUCUUACAGAAACUCAAAGAAAGAAUAGACAGAGUGGGACUGCAAUUGCCAACUGUGGAAGUACGAUACCAAAAUUUGUUUGUAGAAGCAGAAUGUGAAGUAGUUCAAGGAAAGCCCCUCCCAACACUAUGGAACACGCUCAAAAGCUCUCUCUCUGUCAUGACACAAAUAAUUGGAUGCAAGUCUGAAGCAUACAAUCUAAAAAUUCUCAAAGAUGUCAGUGGCAUCAUCAAGCCUUCAAGGAUGACUCUUUUACUUGGUCCUCCAGGCUGUGGAAAAACAACCUUAUUACAGGCACUUGCAGGAAAACAUAACCAAUCUCUCAAGGUUCAAGGAGAAAUAACCUACAAUGGUUAUAAGCUCAAUGAGUUUGUUCCUCAGAAGACAUCAGCUUACAUAAGUCAAUAUGACUUGCAUAUUUCUGAGAUGACUGUGAGGGAAGCACUGGAUUUCUCAUCUCGUUGCCAGGGCAUUGGAAGCAGAGCUGAUAUUAUGAAAGAAGUUGCUCGAAGGGAGAAGCAAGCUGGUAUUGUCCCAGAACCAGACAUUGACACUUAUAUGAAGGCCAUUUCAAUUGAAGGGUUGAAAAAAUCUCUAAUGACAGACUAUAUAAUAAAGAUCCUUGGGCUGGACAUUUGUGCUGAUACAAUCGCAGGGGACGCAAUGCAAAGAGGAAUUUCUGGUGGUCAAAAGAAAAGGCUUACAACAGGUGAGAUGAUGAUUGGCCCAGCAAGAGCUUUCUUUAUGGAUGAGAUAUCAACAGGCCUAGACAGCUCCACUACAUUUCAAAUUGUAACUUGUCUGCAGCAAUUGACUCAUGUAACAGAAUCCACCAUUUUGGUUUCACUUCUUCAGCCAACUCCAGAGACUUUUCAUCUGUUUGAUGACAUUAUCUUGAUGGCUGAAGGAAAAGUUGUAUACCAUGGGCCAACUGACAAUGUUGUGGAGUUCUUUCAGAAAUGUGGUUUUUGUAGCCCACCACGAAAAGGCAUUUCUGACUUCCUCCAAGAGGUGGUUUCUCAAAAGGAUCAAGCAAAGUACUGGUACCAUAAAGACCAACCCUACAGUUAUGUUAGUAUUGAUAAGUUCGUAAAUAUGUUUAAGGACUUCCAUGUCGGAAAGAAGCUUGAAGAGGAGCUUUGCAAGCCUUUUGAUCAAUCUGUGUGCCAUAAACAUGCUUUGUCAUUCAACAUUUACUCACUGAGAAAAUGGGAACUAUUCAAAGCAUGCCUUUCUAGAGAAUGGCUUCUCAUGAAGAGAAACUCAUUUAUUCAUGUAUUCAAAUCAGCACAGCUUGUGGUCAUUGCACUAGUAACAAUGACAAUGUUUCUACGUACAUGGAUGAAAGUCGACGAGAUCCAUGCAAAGUUCUACAUGGGUUCUUUGUUUUAUGCUCUACUUAGACUGCUAUGCAAUGGAACUGCAGAGGUAUCAAUGACUGCCUCUAGACUAGCAGUCUUCUAUAAGCAAAGAGAUAUCUACUUCUACCCAGCAUGGGCUUAUUCUAUUCCGGCUGCCAUCCUGAAAAUUCCAUUUUCAUUGCUAGAUGCGUUUCUUUGGACAGCCCUUACUUAUUAUGUGAUUGGUUACAGUCCUGAACCUGAAAGGUUCUUCAGGCAAUUUAUUCUUCUGUUCCUCGUGCAUCAAGUAGCAAUAUCACUAUUUCGUUUGAUUGCAUCCUUGGUCCGGAAUCCUUCUGUUGCAGGAUCUGUCAGUCUUUUAUCUUUAAUAGUAAUGUUUCUAUUUGGAGGCUUCAUAAUUCCAAAAUCUUCUCUACCUCCUUGGUUGGAAUGGGGAUUUUGGGUUUCUCCAUUGGCAUUUGCAGAAAUAGGUGCUUCAAUAAAUGAAUUUCAUGCUCCAAGGUGGCAAAAGGUGAUGCAGAACUACUACUUUUCAUUAAUUUUAAAUCAGAUUACUCCAGGGAGUUCUCGGACUAUCAUUUCUCAUGAAAGAUUCUCCCGUCUGAAGAAUAAAGAAAUUUUAGAUAAUUCCUGUCAAGAAAAAGAAGUAACUAGUGUAGACACUGACAUUAUUACUUCAGAAUCUACAAAUGCAGGCAUGGUGUUGCCGUUUGAGCCCAUAACUAUAUCAUUUGAGAAAGUGAAAUACUAUAUUGAUACACCCCAGAAACUGAGAGAGCAAGGUUUCCCACCAAAUCGACUACAGCUUCUUCAAGAUAUAACUGGUGCAUUUAGACCUGGAAUUCUCACAGCUUUGAUGGGAGUUAGUGGAGCCGGAAAAACGACACUGAUGGAUGUUCUUUCUGGAAGAAAAACUGGUGGAAUUAUUGAAGGAGACAUUAGAAUUGGAGGGUACCCAAAAGUUCAAGAAACAUAUGCAAGAAUAUCUGGGUAUUGCGAGCAAAGUGACAUACAUUCUCCACAGCUUACAGUAGAAGAGUCAGUAGCAUACUCAGCUUGGUUACGCUUGCCAUCCCAGAUUGACAGAAAUACUAGAGCUGAGUUUGUGAAAGAAGUACUUCAAAUGAUAGAGCUUGAUGAAAUCAAAGACGAGUUAGUUGGCAUACCAGGUGGUAGUGGUAUAUCAACUGAACAGCGUAAAAGGCUAACAAUUGCAGUGGAGCUUGUUUCAAAUCCAUCUGUUAUAUUCAUGGACGAACCCACGUCUGGUUUAGAUGCCAGAGCAGCUGCAAUAGUCAUGCGAGUUGUGAAAAAUAUUGUCAGUACAAGGAGGACUGUUGUAUGCACUAUUCAUCAGCCAAGUAUUGACAUAUUUGAAGCUUUCGAUGAGCUUCUUUUGAUGAAAAGAGGAGGACAAGUAAUAUACUGUGGAGAACUGGGUCAAGAUUCGAGUAAGCUUAUCCAAUACUUUGAGGGUAUUUCUGGGGUUCCAAAAAUCAAAGAUAACUACAACCCAGCAACAUGGAUGUUAAAAGUCACGAGUCCUUCUGCAGAAGCCAAACUUGCCUUAGAUUUUGCUCAGCUUUAUAGAGAAUCACAUUUAUGCCAGAAGAACAAUGACCUAGUUAGAGAACUCAGCUUUCCAGUAGAAGGCUCAAAGGAAUUGAAUUUUCCUACUCGCUUCCCGCAAAAUGGAUGGGAGCAAUUUAAAGCAUGUCUGUGGAAGCGACAUCUCUCCUACUGGAGAAAUCCAAAAUAUAACCUGGGGCGAUUGUUAAUCACUGCUGCAUCCUCUUUGAUAUUUGGAGCACUUCUUUGGCAGAAAGGACAGAAAAUAAAUGGUGAACAGGAGUUCUUCAGCAUUCUAGGAUCAAUAUUUAUUUUACAACAAUGCAUUGGAAUUGGUAACAGUUCCUCUGUUUUACCAUUUGUCGCUUCUGAGCGCAAUGUUGUAUACCGAGAAAGGUUUGCUGGAAUGUACUCCUCAUGGGCAUAUUCUUUAUCACAGAUGAUCAUUGAACUUCCCUAUAUUUUCCUUCAAGCAGUUCUGUUUUCGACCAUUACAUAUCCAACCAUUGGUUUCCACUGGUCACUUUACAAAGUAUUCUGGUAUGUGUAUGCUAUGUUUUGUACGCUGCUCUACUUCACUUACUUCGGUAUAUUGGUUGCUUCUGUGACCCCAACUUUCCAAGUAGCUUCAGUAUUAUCAAGUUUCUGCUACACAAUGUUGAAUCUGUUCUCGGGAUUCCUAAUACCUCAACCAAACAUUCCUAAAUGGUGGGUUUGGGGCUACUGGAUUUCUCCUUUAUCCUGGUCCUUGAAGGGUAUUCUCACUUCGCAGUAUGGGGACCUAAACAAGGAAAUAGUACUCCGCGGGGAGGAAAAGACUAUCAGUGCCUUCCUAGGAAGCAUUUAUGGGUAUAAAUACGAUGAUCUAGGAAUUGUAGGAAUUGUUCUUCUUGCAUAUUCACUAGUUUUCGCAUUUGCGUUUGCACUUGCUACAGAAAAACUAAACUUCCAGAGGAGGUAAUUAAUAAAGUCCUUCAUGAACUUCCCUACAGUCCACUACAAAGCCAUUGCUGUAAUAUACUCUCGAUCGAGCUUAUCCGUAUCAUCAAUAACUACUAAUUUUUCUCAACUCCCUAGAGUUUUUGCAAUGACUGCAUAUAUCACA